UCAAGCUGCCCUUAUAAAGUUGUUCCACUUCUGCAUACUUCCUCAUACUGCUAGUUUCUCGGUGAAGAUGAAGCUCCUCAUUUACAUAAUCUUGCUGAAGUCAACUCUCCUUGCCUUAACAAAUGUUUUUGCAGUUAUUUUAGAAGAGGAGGAGAAUGCUAAAGAAGCAAAACUUACUGAGACUUGUGCCAUAAAGCUCAAAACUAAUCGGAAAUGUGAUGAAGGAGAGGAUUGUCCUUAUCAGAUAAAUUUGCCUCCGAUGACCAUCCAGAUGCCCAAAGAAUUCAAACUGCUUGAGAAGACUCUCAAAGAAGUACAGAUCCUUAAAGAAUCAGUAAACAAGCUGAAGAAAUGCUGCCAAGAUUGCAAGCUGCAAGCAGAUGACAACCAAGAAAGAGACAGAAGCAAGGAAUUCCUGCUACCUAACACUGCAGAAAACAGUGAAAGCCAAGAUAACAGAGUAGAGGAACUGCAAAGCAAAGUUAACAGAAUGGCAACCAGCUUAAAAAAUGCCAAGAGCCAGAUUCAGACACUGCAGGGUCGUUUAGAGAAGAUGAGCCUCAUAAAUAUGAACAAUGUGGAACAUUAUGUUGACAGCAAAGUUGCAAAUUUGACAUUUGCUGUGAACAACCUGGAUAACAAAUGCUCUUCUAAGUGUCCAGCAAUGCAAGCAAGACCUGUUAUGCAAAUAAUGCAGAGAGACUGUGCUGACCAUUACAUGGCAGGAAGAAGGAGUAAUGGAAUCUACAGGAUUAGCCCUGACUCCAGAAAUGAGAGCUUUGAAGUUUACUGUGACAUGCAAACAAAUGGAGGCGGCUGGACAGUGCUGCAACGGCGUCAGGAUGGCAGCACUAACUUCAACAGAACCUGGAAUGACUACAAACACGGCUUUGGGAACCUCAGCAGGGAGUUUUGGCUAGGCAAUGACAAAAUUCACCUCCUGACAAGGAGCCAGGAAAUGCAACUGAGAGUUGAUCUCGAAGAUUUCAAUGGAAUCAGAGAGUAUGCAAAAUACGACCACUUCUACGUGGCCAACGAGUACCUCAAGUACCGCCUCAGCGUCCACGGCUACAGCGGCACGGCGGGAGACGCCCUCCACUACAGCCGGCACUACAACCACGACCAAAAGUUCUUCACAACCCCAGACAAGGACAAUGACAGGUAUCCCUCGGGGAACUGUGGGGCAUACUACAGCUCUGGCUGGUGGUUUGAUGCCUGCUUGUCAGCCAAUCUCAACGGCAAGUACUACCACAAGAAAUACAAAGGUGUUCGCGAUGGCAUUUUCUGGGGUACGUGGCACGGUAUUUCUGAUGAUACUCCCACUGGAUACAGGCAAUCCUUUAAAUCAGUAAAGAUCAUGAUCAGACCCAAAAGUUUUGUGCAGUAAUUCUACACAUUUCUCAUAACUAGUUUGCAUUGGAUUGCACUCAAAAUCAUACUUACUCAGUAUUAUACUCAGAAAUCAAGUAUUCAGUUAUGCUUGGCAAAAGAUUGUUCUAGACAAAACAACAUGCUUCCACAUAAUAUUUCUAGAGAUCGUUUGACCCACAUAAUGUAUUAAAACCAGCAAAAUACCUGAAUAGUUAUUGCUAAAACUUAACACCAGUUAGGUCUUGGUUUUGUUAUGUUAAUAUUCUAAACAUUGCUUUUGGUGCUUUUACUGACUGUGACAUACCACGUUUUAUCAUUUAAAACUUUUAUAUUGUCUUCCACAAGUUGUGUCUAGAUGAAUACCUACAUUUUAACCUGAAAAUAAUUCAGGGAUGUAAUUAAUAUAAAUUUUUCAACACUUGGGAAAAAACCUAGUCUCUCUAAAACAGUCUUUUUCCAUCAUCUAUCCUUCCCUAGGUAUACUACAGCAAUAUCAAUGUAAAUUAGGAAAAGUACUAAAAAUUAUUAUUUUUAAAGGACUAGAAAAAGGGGGCCACAUGGUUUGCCCAAAGACACAAAAAAAGGCCUUGACGAAAAAAAACAGAAAAUGAUGAUUCCUCAAAUUUCAUCCUUUUGUCAAAGCUUUUCCAAAUAAGUUGUUGGAAGAAUUGAAUAAAAGCAGAGGAAAGAAUUAUAAAAUAACAGAAUUAUUUAGUUUGGAAAAGACCUUCAAGAUCAUUGACUCCAACUGUUAACACAGAACUGCCAAGUCCACACUAAGCCAUGUCCCUAAGUGACCCUCUACACAUGGAGAGCAUGUAUUGAACAACAGUCUUGCUCUUUUUGGUUCCUCCAUUCAAGCUCAAGUCCUUUUGUCACUUGUAGGAGAAAGGAGCCAUUAUAAAGCUUAUUGCACAUUUAGGCAGGUAGACAGGUAGCAGGAAGACACAUCAAUAACGAUCCAUAUUCUUUGUAUUAAUGCCUGUAAAUACAUAAAAAAAGUUUUCAGUGCCAUUUUGCUUUCUCCUGAAUCCUUUAGGUAAGUCAAAAGUUACAAGAUGCUCUUGUAGAGACUCAAGCUCUCAUUCAAAUACUUCUCAAUCUAGAUAUUAUUAGAUCCUGAAACUAAAAAAAAAAAUAAGUUAUAAAAUGUAAUGUAAGAAAAGGCUGUUCUCUCCAUUUGUAGACUACAUAUUUUGUAGCCACAGAAACAUAAACACCUACUGUCAAUUCUAAGCAGGAAAGAGUAUAUAUGAUCAAAGAUUUGUUUUUUCUAAAAUAUAAAAAAUUGAAAAAUUAAAUUGUCAAAUAUCACUGUUAUUAAAUCUCACAUUACAGAUAGUGAGCACAAAUUUGGCUGCACAUAUAUAGACCAGGUCUCUACAAAGAUAAUGAGCAACACAGAAUGGAGAUGCAAUUUUUCUUAGCAAGAGAUUCUUGCUUACACCAAUCCUGAGAUGCAGAAAAACUAUAUUAAGAUUCUAUUUCUUUAUCAGUUAAAGUGUGGUCAUUGCUGGCAUAGAUUUUUGGAUUA